CGGCAGGUAGGCUUCUCUUCCUGUUUGGCCAAGAGCUUCAUUAUCUGACACCCUCCCAGUAUACAUCUCGGAGGGAGUUUGGCCCGUUUUUUUUCGUGUCCCAUAUCAUUUUACACGGACGGAGAUCAUGGGAGGAAUAAAACAAGAGCAGAGUGAAGCUCCGCAGCAGCCCAAAGCAUCACAUUCAGCUGAUCCACCGCCAGAGGAGCCUAAGAAGAGAGGCUGGCCCAAGGGAAAGAAAAGGAAGAAGGUUCUACCAAAUGGUCCUAAGGCACCAGUAACAGGAUAUGUUCGGUUCCUGAAUGAAAGGCGAGAACAUAUGCGGGCCCGAUACCCUGACCUGCCUUUCCCAGAAAUCACCAAGCGGCUUGGAGCAGAAUGGACACGAUUAGCCCCAAAUGACAAACAGCGCUAUCUGGAUGAGGCGGAAAGAGAGAAGAUGCAGUACGCUCAGGAACUGAAGGAAUAUCAGCAGACUGAGGCCUAUCAGAUUACCAGUGCAAAGAUACAAGACAAGAGGAUCAAGAAAGAAGACACCCCAUCUGUUAUUAUCAGCACUAGUGCAGGGUCAUCUUUGACAAAGCCUUCAGACCUCUCAAGUAGAUUCGACAUCCCUAUCUUCACAGAGGAGUUCCUCGAUCAGAACAAAGCUCGAGAGGCUGAGCUGCGACGGCUUCGUAAGGCCAACAUUGAGUUUGAAGAGCAGAAUGCAGUGCUGCAGAGACACAUAAAGGACAUGUACAAUGCUAAAGAGCGCCUGGAGGCUGAACUGGGGCAGGACGAGAAGCGUACCCAAGCUCUUCACCAGCACUGGCUGGCCAUUAAACACACAUUGGUCAACGGCCUGUCAUCAGUCCCCCUGCCAGGCACAGGAGAGACAGCGUCUUUUGGGAACCUGGAGUCAUACCUGAGUCGUCUGAGCGGAGUGCUUGAAGGAAACCCUCACAAGCACCGGGCCUUGGUCACUCAGCUUUGUGAGGUUCUCUCUCAUCUGGACAGUGAGAAGUUAUGAGGAGGCUUCAGACAGAGAUCGGUUCAUUCCUGCAUCAGGGGGACACACGCUUGGUGAUAUUUGGUCAAAUCAGUGCCAUUCAACUGAGCAUGUGGAUAUCUCAAGGAUAGUAAAGGCAAGGUUGCAAACACUUGAAAACACAGCACACACAGUCCAUUUCAACAUGUCUUCAUUACAAAUAUGUGUACUCUUGCACAUAAUUGUGAAUGUAAAUCUGUGUGGCAGUCUGGAGGGUCAUUACAUUUCAAUGCAGGAAGGGAUUUCAUUAAAUGUAAUGUCCUUUUACUUUCUGAACUGCCUUAAGAAAAUAUGGAUUGACCUUAAACCUAUUGUGUAGCUUUGUAUUAGCAUUUACCUAUAGGCCCUGUCCAAUAAGACAAGCCUAUUUUUCAGUUUACAAUAAAUGCCAUUUGGCAUUUUGCGAAUGCUGGGUAAUGUGUAUGUAGUGUUAUUUCGAAAACUGUUUAAAAAAAACUGGAAGGGGUGAAAAUAAAUGUUGGUGUAUACAUGUUUGUAUUUACAUGGAUAUUGGCAGAUUGUGGAAUUGACAAGCCGUUUCACAUAUUGUCAGAAUAUGAUGUAUUUGUGAAGUAUAUAUAUGUUCUUUUUUUUUUUAAAUGUUCAUUAAACCAUACUGAAAAUGUUUCCAACAAAAUUU